AUGGAGGAGAUGGUGGCAUUCGAGGUUUGUGUUAAAGAAGAGGUUGAAGUGACUCUUGAGUUAGGACAUCGCCGGAAUAGUGUCAUGAACAAGCCUAUGCAGGCAGAAAAUGCAGACUCUACUCUCAAGAUAGGCAGAGCUGUGCCCUCGAAAGCCUACUUUCAUGAAAAGGAGAGUGUAACUCAGAGUAUCAUGGUUGAUCCAUUGAAUAUUUAUUUCCAUAAUGUGAAGAUAAUAGUUGGAGAAACAGCUGUGUUUUGCCUACAACUUGCCACAAGAGAUUUUGAAAAUCAGGAAAAAACUAUUUUAACUGGAGACUGUUGCUACAUAAACCCACUGGUGCGCAGAACUGUCCGAUUCCUUGGAAUUUAUACAUUUGGACUGUUUGCUACAGAUAUCUUUGUAAAUGCUGGACAAGUAGUUACAGGAAAUCUGGCUCCACAUUUUCUUGCUUUGUGUAAGCCCAAUUACACAGCACUUGGAUGUCAGCAGUACACACAGUUCAUCAGCGGAGAAGAGGCUUGCACAGGGAAUCCGGAUCUCAUCAUGAGGGCAAGGAAGACAUUCCCAUCCAAAGAAGCAGCUCUCAGUGUCUAUGCAGCCAUGUACCUGACGAUGUACAUCACCAACACAAUCAAAGCCAAAGGAACGAGACUUGCUAAGCCAGUUCUAUGCUUGGGAUUAAUGUGUUUAGCCUUCCUCACUGGACUCAACAGAGUAGCAGAAUAUCGAAAUCAUUGGUCAGAUGUGAUAGCAGGCUUUCUGGUUGGAAUAUCUAUAGCGGUGUUUCUGGUCGUGUGUGUGGUAAAUAAUUUCAAAGGAAGACAACCAGAAAGUGAACAUAUACACAUGGAUAAUCUGGCCCAGAUGCCAAUGAUCAGCAUCCCUCGAGUAGAAAGACCUUUGGAAAAGGUAACAUAUCUACAGUUGACUCCCUCAAUUAUAGCUAUGCCGGUCCAGCUGCUCAGAACCACAUCACGGCCUUCGCGGAAGUCACAUGAUAUUGAAGCAGACGGUUUCUCCCCGCAUUGGACAUCAUCUCUUUUUACCAUCCACUCAUAACACCCCAAAUAUGUUUGAUUUUUUAAAAAAGUUUAUAACUUUGUCUAAUAAUUUUUAUAAUUUUAAAAUUAAUGUCAGUGUGUCUGUGUCCCCCACUAGACUGUGAGCUCCUCGAGGGCAGGACUGUGUCUUCCUUUUCUGUAUCCCUGGCACCUACAAGAAAACCUAGCACAAAGUAGGUGUUCAAUAAAAUGAGAUGAUCAGAUGAACAAAUUAAUUCUUAAAUCAAGUGUUCACUUUAGUUUCUCAAAAAUCUCUGAGACUGUAACAAGUAACCUUGACACGAGUCACAUUUGUAUUAGAAAAGCCACUAUUUGGGGCUAAAUUUUUAAUUUUUCUUGUUAUCUUUUCAGUAGCAUAUCAUAUUUAAUUUGAAGUGGACUUUGAAAGUCAUGGGGGUUUUUAUUUUAUUACUCAGCAUGACAUUAUCCCCAUUCUAACAGAAUUCAGUGUGUGAAAUUACUUUUAAAUUCCUAUGUCCUAUACUACUAAAAUAACGUUUGCACAUUAUGCUAUAUGUCACUUAAAAUACCAUUCCUACUAUAUAUCCUAAGACUGGUGCUUCUGCUUUUGAAGGGGAAAAUGCCAAUUUUUACUGUAAUAAGUAAUGUACCAUAAUUAAAAAUUAUUUAUUUGGAGUUUUUCUCCUUACAGUUGUGGUUUAAUUGUUGAUUUGUAGUUUCUGAAUGCUGGCAGUGUUUAGGAUUGGUUGAAUGAGUAAAUCCAGCCAAUGAUGGAAUAAUUUUCCAUGGACUACAGUGUCUCACAUGCAGUCGAAGGGCCCCUUUCUUAAACAUUUUUUACAGGGCCAGAUUUUACGUUAUUCAAAUGGAAAAGAACCACCCCUGACACAAUUUAAAUUAGAUAACUGCUAGAAAUAGAAUUAAUGUAUUUGACUUUGCCUUUGUAUAUUACUUUAUAGUCUGAAAUACAUUUGCUUUAUGAUUUCAUUGAAUCCUUACAGUCACCCCAUAUAAAUAUUACGAGUAUGGUUUAUUUCAUAGAGGAGAAAAAUGAAGCCAAGAUAGGGUGAAACAACACGCCUGAUCCUACACGACUAGCAAAAGGCAGUGUUAAAAACAAAUUUAGAUAGGACCCCAAACAUUUCCCACAUGCCACAGCUGUCGUGUGAUCAUUGGGUAUCAAGGCCUUUGAGAGGCCGUUAAGUCCCAGGCAACUACCUGUGCUUCCACAAAUGCAGAAAUACCAAAAUAGGGAUCCAAAACUGCUGUAUUUUAAAUGUUUACUUUUUAAGAAUGCACACUUUUGAAAUAUAUAAUGACAUAGUAACCUAUUUGUAAUCUGAUUUGUAAAUAAUUGAUGUAGAAAGCCUGGAGCGGAGGCCCUUUAUAAAAAUGAAGCCUGAACCAAGUGUCUUUCCUUCCUCCCUCACCUACAGACCUCAGACUCCAUUCAGAAGAUCUGAGGGUGGUGUUUUACAAUGAGCAUGUGGAAUUAAGGGUAGAAAUCAGCAUAGAAAGGAAGAGGAUGAGCUCCUCAGUGGUCUCCUUGCCAACUUUAAAGCUAACCUGAGUAACUUUGGCUUAUAGGAGCAGCAGUCAAUUCAAACAAAUCUUUCUAGUCUUGAAAGAAAGUGAAUUUUUAAUUCACUAUGUAAUUUCAAUAGAAAUCAGAUAGCACCAAAAUUUUUCCAUUGCUUCCAAAAUGGAUGCCACUUGUCCAUUUCCAAUGCUAGAGCUUAAAAUAUUUACUAGGGCCAAAUAAAGUACACCUAUAUUUCUACCAAUCACAAAUCUCUGUAGCAUUUCAAUUCUGUUGGAAAUUUAGAACAUGAAAAAGUUUUGAAUACUCUGACCAUCUUCAGAGACUAAUGUUUUAAGAGUAGCAGUGAUGGGGGAUUCAGUUACUGAUAUCAGAAGUGAGGGGUGAUCAUAAUGCUUUAGGAGGCUGGAUUACCCAUAAGGCUCCUAAAGUGAUCAGUUCUGUUGGUUCCACAUCAGCUUCCUAAGGAUUCAAUUGGAAAUAUUUUCCUGUUGGAAGCCUUAGCUAUAAAUUGCUAUGUCAGUGUUAUAUCUUUGUACUCCACUAAACCUGGUCUGAAUACAGGAGUUGUAAAUUCUUCAAAAAGCCCAGAUUUAACCUAGAAUCAGAGUAAGGUCACUUUUAAUAUUUGAACAUUAUAGAUCCAAGAUUGCUCAGUGAAUGACUCUAUUAUGAAGAAAACCAGGAAAAAAAGAAAGAUACAUGUGAGUAAGGCAAAAACCAGGCAAAACAUAAGACCUUUAACCAUGAUUCUAUUACUAAGAAUAAUGAAAAGUACAUUUGACAAAAUGUAUAUAUGUAUACACACACACACACACACACACACACAUGUAUGACGGGCAAACAUAUCUUUCUAAUAAAGACAUAUUCUUUUCAUUCUACUUACUUGGGGCCCAGGUCAGUAUAAAUUGGUCAACCUGAAAAUUUCAGUAGUCUCCGUCUGCACGGCAGAAAUUCUGCACAUGUUUUAUCUGAUUCCUAAGAUAACUUAAAAGGCUCUUUUAUGUUAAAAGAGAGGUGAACCUUCUUUGACAGACUUUGUCCAUUCUACUUCUAACUGGGCCUCUCUUUUCUCAGGAUAUAGCUAGCCAAUUAUCUUACAUUUAUCAUAGAGUUUCCU